AUGGAGCAGGGCGAGGAGGCCCGCUGCUCUGAUGAGGAGACCUUCACUGCUGAGUAUAAGAUGAUGAUGACCCUGGGCAGAGGACAGUUUUCAGAGGUCAAACGGGCCUUUCAUAUCCCCACUGUAUCCUGGGUGGCUGUAAAAAUUCUUAGAAAUCAGAAGAAGUAUGCCUCGCUUAUCAAGAGUGAAAUCAACAUCAUGAAAUCCCUUACCCAUCCCAACAUAAUUAAAUUGUUUCAUGUGGUCCAGACCAGAGAGACCACCUACCUGGUGAUGGAACAUGCUUCAGAGGGAGACCUGCUGCAUCACGUCCUGGACCUGGGGCACUUAGAGGAGAGCAAGGCUCGAAGGCUGUUUACUCAGAUACUGCAUGCAGUGCAGUAUUGUCAUGAUAACUUUAUCAUCCACAGAGACAUAAAGGCCGAAAACAUCCUGCUUGACCACAAGGGUAAUGCCAAGCUAUGUGAUUUCGGCCUCUCGGCUAAGGUCAUCCCUGGGCAGAGACUUGGUGAUUUCUGUGGCACUUUACCUUACUGUGCCCCAGAACUCUUUGGAAAGGAGGCAUAUGAUGGCCGUGCCACUGAUAUUUGGAGUUUAGGUGUGCUCCUCUUCUUCAUGGUGACUGGGCGCUUUCCCUUCAGUGCUUACUCUGAUGUGAGGGUGAUACAGCAGAUCCUUGAUGCAAACUUCAGGGUGCCUCCCUAUGUUUCCGUUGAUAUUCGUGAUGUCAUCCUCAAACUGCUGAUUAAAAACCCCUACAGGAGGCUCACCAUAGGCCAAAUCAUGAGGCACCCCAUGGUCAGGAACAGUGAGGCCCAUUCACCGCCUACUUUCCCACAGUCUCUCCCAGGCACCCUGAGCCCUGGCAUUGUCAGGGCCAUGACAAUCAUGGGGUACAAAUCCGAAGAAAUCAUUGAGUCCCUGAGAGACCAGAAAUACAACCAGGUGAUGGCCACUUACCUAAUUCUACAGCACCAGUCACCCAGGGGAGACGCUUCCAUCACCAGGAGAAACCCAUGA